AUUCCUAGCCAAAGGUGGACCACGCUGCGUAUGUGUAAUAAUUAAAUUGAUAGAAUUUCGAAUUACUUUUGAGAGACAGCCGUAGAUAUUUUUGGAAUGAAAGUUUUUCAAAAUAUUUUUUAAAAAUCCAUAAGCACGUUUGCUAAGGACAAACAAUUUUCUGUGUUGCUCCGUGCGCGAGUGUGUAUCCGUGUGUAAAGUGUAAGCGACGUCCUUGUGCCUCCUACUACUACAACAACCUCCAAAUAUAUAGAACCAAUAUAUGCAUAUACUAUAGCGUGCGUAAGUCGUUACGUCGCUUACGUCGUCACUUGGCCACUGCGCAAACGCCGGAAAAAAAAGGCGAAAGACAAGUUCAAGUCUAAGGACACCCGACAACAACUACAGCUGUGGCAAGGACGGGAAAAUGAAGCCCGAUUACAACUAUUGCAAUCAGAGUUUCGGCAAAAAAGGAGUCGGUCGCUGCUACAGUAGCCAACAGAAUUGAGGGAGCAACUCGGAACCGUCGUGCUGGAUCACCAGCGCCGCUCAGGGCGCCAAACAGGUGCCUAUUUAGAAACUGAUAUAUAAUAUCUGAUCUGUGUGUUGUGUUGUCCGUCCCGUCCUGUGUGUUUUAUGUUUGUUACCCAUUUUCAUCAUCAUUUUUGGGUUCUUUAACAAAGACGCUUGGUCUAUAAUGCGCGAUCGGCUUGCCUCGCUGAUUGUGGUGAAGCAAGAGGGCGGCAGCAAUACGAAUAUUAGCCAUCACAUUAACCACCAUCAGCCGUCGGCGAUCAAGUGCGAGGCCUCACUGUACGCGGAGAGCAGUCUGUUCCAAGAGAUCAACAACAAUUCCUGCUACAGACAGAACCUUAAUGCGCCGGCACAACAUCAGCCAGCACAUUCAGUACACCAGCAACACGCACAGCAACAGCAACAACAUACACACCAGCAACAACACCUUUUGCCGCCGCCUCUGCCGACUUUGCCUUUGAUUUAUCCCUGCCGCAAUCUCUUUCCCGACGGUUGCGAUAUCAAUCACCUGGCCUGCUGCAGUUCCUCCAACUCCGACUCCACCUCCACAUCCACUUCACCCAACGACAGGCACUUUUUUGCCAAUGGAAACACGUGUGCAGCAGCAAUAACAGCAGCCACAUCGCCCACUGAGCCGAGGAAAAUAAAACCGCUCGUUGCGGGGAAAUUGAAAGUCGAGAAAAGUGACAGCAACAACGACAGCCAAGCAGCAGCAGCAGCAACUGUAGCUGCCAGCACCUCGGCAACAUCGGCGACAGCGACAACAAUUGCUGUUACAGCAGCAACAUCAUCAGCAGGAACAGGAGGAGCCGCAACAGCAACUGCAACAUCAACGGCAGCGGCGACAGCAGCAAUCCACACAACCAAAAUCAGCCAACUGAGGCUAAAUAACCAAGCGACAACAAGCAUGUUACUUUUGCAACCUAAUAGCUCCUUUAGUUCAUUGUCGCCCUUCGAUAAUUUUUCCACGCAAACCGCUUCGACGACCACCACAACGUCGGCAUCGGCAGCUGGACACCACCAACACCAACACCACCUCCUCCAUCAGCAACAUCACAACCAGCAGCAGCAGCAGCAGCAUCAACAGCAGCAGCAACAUUUGCAACAGCAACACCAGCAACAUCACCUUGUGAGCCCGCAGCAACACCUGCUAAAGUCGGAGACGCUGCUCUCCCAUGAGGAGGAUCAGUUGAUCAGCAACCUGACCGACGCGUCCGUGGUCUCCCACAGCGAACUCUUCUCGGAUCUCUUCUUCCCCUCGGAUUCCAACAACUCCCUGCUCUCCCCGACCACCAGCGGCUAUCCGGACAAUCCCGCCGAGGACCUGACCAGCUCCAUUGAGAAUCUCACCAAGUUGACUUGCCUGCGGGACAAGCGGCUAUCCUCCAUUCCCGAGCAGCAGCUGAGCUCCGAGCAGGAGCAGCAGCUCUGUCUGCUGAGUCUGCGUUCCAGCAGCGAUCCGGCGAUUGCAUUGCACGCCCAGCAGCAGCAGCAACAGCAGCAACAACAACAGCAGCAACACCAGCAGCAGCAACAGCAUCAACUCCAGCUGAUCUCGCCCAUCGGAGGGCCAUUGUCCUGCGGCAGCAGUCUGCCCAGCUUCCAGGAAACCUACUCCCUGAAGUACAACAGCAGCAGUGGGAGUAGCCCCCAACAGGCCUCCUCCUCCUCCACCGCUGCCCCCACGCCCACUGACCAGGUGCUGACCCUCAAGAUGGACGAGGACUGCUUCCCGCCGCUUUCCGGCGGCUGGAGUGCCAGUCCGCCCGCUCCCUCGCAGCUCCAGCAGCUGCACACCCUGCAAUCCCAGGCCCAAAUGUCCCAUCCCAACAGCAGCAACAACAAUGGCAACCAGAACAACAACAACAACAGUGGGGGCUACAACUACCAUGGGCACUUCAAUGCCAUCAAUGCCAGCGCCAAUCUGUCGCCCAGCUCCUCGGCCAGCUCCCUAUAUGAAUACAAUGGCGUCUCCGCAGCAGACAACUUUUACGGACAGCAGCAGCAGCAACAGCAGCAGAGCUACCAGCAACAUAACUACAACUCGCACAAUGGCGAGCGUUACUCGCUGCCCACGUUCCCCACGAUUUCGGAGUUGGCUGCGGCCACAGCGGCCGUGGAAGCGGCGGCGGCGGCCACCAUCUCCUCCCCCUCGUUGGGCGGUCCUCCACCCGUUCGCCGGGCAUCGCUGCCGGUUCAGCGGACUGUCUCGCCCGCCGGCUCCUCGGCGCAGAGCCCGAAGCUGGCCAAGAUCACGCUGGGCCAGCGGCACACCCAUGCCCAUCCCCUGCAGCUCAGCUCGGCUCCCAAUUCGGCGGCCAGUUCGCCGGCGAGUGCGGAUCUCCAGGCAGGUCGGCUGCUCCAGGCUCCGUCGCAGUUGUGUGCCGUCUGCGGGGACACGGCCGCCUGCCAGCACUACGGAGUGCGGACCUGCGAGGGCUGCAAGGGAUUCUUCAAGCGGACCGUCCAGAAGGGCUCCAAGUACGUCUGCUUGGCGGACAAGAACUGUCCCGUGGACAAGAGGCGCCGCAAUCGCUGUCAGUUCUGUCGAUUCCAAAAGUGUCUGGUUGUGGGCAUGGUCAAGGAAGUGGUGCGCACGGAUUCGCUGAAGGGACGCCGCGGAAGGCUGCCAUCGAAACCAAAAUCUCCCCAAGAAUCGCCACCCUCGCCGCCCAUCUCGUUGAUUACAGCACUGGUGCGCAGCCAUGUGGACACCACACCGGAUCCCUCGUGUCUGGACUACAGCCACUACGAGGAGCUGUCGAUGAGCGAGGCGGACAAGGUGCAGCAGUUCUACCAACUGCUGACCAGUUCCGUGGACGUGAUCAAGCAGUUCGCCGAGAAGAUUCCCGGCUACUUUGAUCUCCUGCCGGAGGACCAGGAGCUGCUCUUCCAGAGCGCCUCGCUGGAACUGUUUGUCCUGCGGCUGGCCUAUCGGGCCAGGAGCGACGACACCAAGCUGAUCUUCUGCAAUGGAACGGUGCUGCAUCGCACCCAGUGCCUGCGAUCCUUUGGCGAGUGGCUCAACGACAUCAUGGAGUUCAGCCACAGUCUGCACAACCUGGAGAUCGACAUCUCCGCCUUCGCCUGCCUCUGCGCCCUCACCCUGAUCACAGAACGCCAUGGCCUGCGGGAGCCGAAGAAAGUGGAGCAACUGCAGAUGAAAAUCAUCGGUAGUCUGCGCGACCAUGUCACCUACAAUGCCGAGGCCCAGAAGAAACAGCACUACUUCAGCCGCCUGCUGGGCAAGUUGCCCGAACUGCGAUCCCUAAGCGUCCAGGGAUUGCAGCGGAUCUUCUAUCUGAAGCUGGAGGAUCUCGUACCGGCGCCAGCCCUCAUAGAGAACAUGUUCGUCACUACAUUGCCCUUCUAGAGGCGAUCAAGCGUAUCAUCACAACUUUGCUUCCUUAAACUAGACCUAAGCCGUGCCCUCACAUACUUAACAUAGGCAGGACCCAAUAGAACCCAACUAGCUUUAGUAGAACCCUGAAAUAAAUAAAUCUCACAAAACUGAAACCGAAAUAAAGUGCAUACCCAGGCCAUAUCUAUAUAGUGUAGAGGUAGAUAGAUUGCCGGACAGCCCCGGCUUCUUCGAUAAUUACGGACAUGAAUAUUUGAGAGAGGGUUUCCAGUGUAAAUCCUGCUCCUGCGUGACUCGUCAGCACUGGAAAUUACAACUUGUUGACGUUAAUUGUUAAAUUGUUUAAUUUCAACUGUCAGAAUCAAUCGGCAGGCACGCAAUGAAUGGAAACACUUUCUAUCCCCGGACUCAAAGCUUGCUCAACAUUCGGCACUAACGGACAGACGGACGGACGGACAGAACGCUCUCUUGCCUUUUUGCUAACUUCUAGUCAAUUGUUUUAGGCAAAGUAAAUAAUUAAUUAAAAGCGUGCGGCGGUAGUGUUAUAUAAUUUAUACCCUAAACUAGACCCUAGCACUUCUCUUCAAGAAUAACCCAAAAUAAGUUCCACAAACUGGGUAUACCCUUAAAUAAUAAAAACGAUUGUCCUUGAAUUUCUUUUAAAACUUCUCAAAUCUAUAGCCAAUUUGUGAAAAUCCACUAUCAUAUCAUAUAGCAAAGCCAUGCUUGCCCCUAGCAAAUAUAUAAACCCGCAUAAAGUUGAUAGCCCAACCAAGUAUUUCCGUUAAGUCCUAGAGUAAGACUCCUAAUAGUUGUAGGCUAUGUCUAUUCUGUUCAAAUUUUCAAUGCACCAACUAGUGCACAAUGAGAGUUUAAGUACCUUUUUGUGAUGAUUGUGUCUGACACAGAGAGAGUUGCACACAAACACACAAGCUAGCGGAUAAGCAUAUAUAUACUAUCUAAAAUAAAUAAUCUCUAGGGUAAGCCCAAGUAUUCGGUAAUCCAAAACCCAUGUAUAUCCGUAGUUAGUACGUUCCAAACGAGAGAAAAACUUUAUUUAAUCUUAAACCACUUCGACUAAGUUCUCAAAGAAACGCAAAUGGAUCGUUAGAUCUGUCUCUCUCUAUAUGUGUGCGUUAUCUCGAUAGAAAACCCCUCUAUGUGAUUUUGUGAUAGAUUGGCAUUGAACUCUAUAAUAUAUAUACACGCAUAAAUAUA